AUGACAGUCUCAAUUGCUUCACAGUUCGCACAGGUGCUCGAGCUGCAUGGUGGCGCUUCCUCACCACUUGUCUUCGAGUCGUUUGACCUUCCAUCCUCAAAUCAAAGGCUACUCGGCGCACCUCACUCACAGGGGACAGUAACACCGCUUGCAUUGCGGCCUUCUACCGACGAUAAUACAGCACCGGACCUAGAUGCUGCCAUCUCAUCUAUCAAGUCUCUCCAGGCUCAUGACAGUCUUCUCUCUAAGAAACUUAGCACGCAUGGCACACUCCUCUUUCGCGGAUUGCCCAUCAACUCAGCGGAUGAUUUCAGUAAGUUUGCCCAUGCGUUCGGCUACUCGCCACACGAGGUCAUCGGCAUCAUAAUCGACCGACCACUUCUCGCUCCAAAUGUUGCACCGGCGAACGAGGCUCCCAAAGAAGUGCUCAUCUACAAUCAUAACGAGUCGUUCAUGGUGCCUCACGCCCCGGAGUACAUUUUCCUUCACUGUCGCCGUGCUCCCAAAGAAGGCGGCGAGACCCCAAUCUCAUCGUCUUUAGAGUUGUUCCAACGGGCGAAAGACGAAAUCCCCGAGUUCAUUGAUGAGUUGGCGGAGAAGGGUAUGUUAAGUAAAGUUACCUAUAAAGUCGACAUCCAAUUCGCGGGCGGCUCAACGCUGAAGCAGGCUUUUGGGAAAGAGAUUGAAGAAGAAGACGACGAGGCGACGAAGAGGGCGAAGAUCGAGAAGCAGAUCAAGCGCUACGGUAGAGGCGAGCAUACAACGUGGGAAUGGACCGACGAUGGACAGACGCUGGUCUUGGCACAUCGAAUUCCAGUGAUACGGACCCAGCCAGGUACCGGCCUACCUACCCUUUUCACGGCCCUUGCAGCCCAUUAUAAGACUAAUCAGCGUCUUGCCGCACUUGAUCCUCCUCAAAAAAUUGGGACACUGCAGCUCUUCGGUGAUGGCACGCCUAUUCCUGAGCACUACUGCAAGAAGCUGGCGGAGAUUACGGACGAGAUACGUGUGCUGCACAAGUGGCAGCAAGGUGAUGUGCUGGUGUAUGACAAUAUCAUUGCGCAGCAUGGCAGACAGCCAUGGAAGGGCAAACAGGAAGACAGAGAGGUGAUGGUGAGCACAUGGGACGGCAUAGUGCCGGGAAAGUUCGAGCAGAGCAAAGGAGAUUGGGCGCAGGUGGUGCAGGCCAGUGAAGGGUAG